CGGCGAUGAGAUGAGAGCGCAACUCAAAGCACUUCCCCAGAUUCCAAGCUGAAUUUCCCUAGCUGACGUCAGCUGACUUGCCUUGGCUGUACUAGCCGCUCCGGACAUAGUGCUGUAAAAAUGCUGCUCUCUGUACCACCAAGGACAGGAAUCAACCCAUAUAACGGCUAUACCAGCAGAACCAGUAAAAAGCCGGCGUAUGUUUCCUCCAAUCAACAGAUGGCGCCACCCAGUCCCAGCACCGCCAGUACAGCCAACACCACCAACACCAGCAGCAGUAGCAGUAGCAACGGCAGCAGCAGCCACCACAGCAUCUCCGCAGACCAGCUGAGCAAGACCAACCUCUACAUUCGCGGCCUUCAUCCUGGCACCACGGACCAGGACCUCGUAAAACUCUGUCAACCGUAUGGCAAGAUUGUGUCCACAAAGGCAAUCCUUGACAAGACCACCAAUAAGUGUAAAGGUUAUGGCUUUGUGGAUUUUGACAGUCCGGCGGCGGCACAGAAAGCGGUGACUGCACUGAAAGCCAGUGGGGUGCAGGCUCAGAUGGCCAAGCAACAGGAGCAGGACCCUACCAACCUGUACAUCUCCAACCUGCCGAUGUCUAUGGACGAGCAGGAGCUGGAGAGCAUGCUGAAGCCCUUCAGCCAGGUCAUCUCCACGCGCAUACUACGCGACGCCAACGGGACCAGCAGGGGAGUCGGAUUUGCUAGGCUGGAGUCGACGGAGAAAUGCGAGACCAUCAUUCAGCAUUUUAAUGGCAAAUACAUCAAGAUCCCUCCCGGCGUUCCAGUGCCGACGGAGCCGCUGCUGUGUAAGUUUGCUGACGGAGGGCAGAAGAAGAGGCAGAGCCUGGGCAAAUACCAGCAGAACGGACGCUCCUGGAGGGGCGACGGGGAUACGGGUGGCAUGACACUAACUUAUGACCCCACCCCAGCCUUACAGAACGGGUUCUACUCGUCUCCGUACAGCAUGACACCCAAUCGCAUGAUUGCCCAGACCUCCAUUUCUCCCUACAUGCAUUCACCUGUAUCCACCUAUCAGGUACACAGUCCCUCUUGGAUCCAUCCCCAGUCAUACCUCAUGCAGCCCACGGGAACAGUCCUGACGCCCUCCAUGGAGCAUCCCAUGUCCAUCCAGCCCACCUCCAUGAUGGGCCUGAACCAGCAGCUCAGCCACCUCUCCAUCGGCAGCACCGGCACGUAUAUGCCUGCCAACACAGCUAUGCAAGGGACCUACAUCCCCCAGUACGCUCAAGUGCCUCCCUCCAGCGUCCCAGUAGAGGAAAGCAACGUUCCACAACAACAGGUCGCCAUGGAGACCCCAUCGGAACACAGCGCUUACCCCUACCAACACAGCAAAUGAGGAGCAGCAGGGCGAGUGUGGAUUUCAUGUGGAUGUCCACCGGGGGCAGAAGAGGGUCUCUCUCUGGGAAAUGGACACAGGCUACCUGGCGCAAAGUGCUGAAAGACUCUCAAAACACUACAAUAUGGACACAAACAAUAUGUUGAAGAUGGAAGAACAAAAGCAUUUUUCUUAAGAAAAAGGAUAAAAGACCAAAAAAAAACCCACCACCAAAAAGGAGAAAAAAAGACAUUUGAUUCUACCAUACAUCUUUUUUUGUUAUUCUCUGGGCGGCCGGACAGCCCUCGCUCUCUGGAGUUUCUGAAAUCGCUGCAUUUAAAAAGAAAGCUGAGAUAAAAUGAACAAAAACUGGCAAACACAUGCACAGACAUUGAAAGACUCAACACAACAAGAAAGGCAUAAACUGGUGCACACCAACCCCUGACAAAUGUCCCCCACAUUCCUCAUUAAUACACACACACACUCACACUCACACACACACACACACACACACGAACGCACACACACAGGCACACACACACAAUAAACAAACCCCAAACAAACAGAGAAACUUUAUUUUUCUGCACGUAAUAUCACAAAGUCUUUCUAAAAAUCCCUUCUGGGAGUUGACGAUAAAUGAGAUGAUCGAGGCUCCACAAUGUGUUGUUUAAAAACUUUAGUAUGCUUUAUUUGUUCUUUUUGUUUUGAAGUGUUAUUUUAAAUUCUUAAGCUAUUAGCUGCAGUGAACAAGUUCUUUUUGUACAGGUCAAGACGUCAUCUAGAAACCUAUGUCCUUUUUUGCAAUGAUGUGGCUUUAUUUUUUAAACAAAAUUAAAAGACUUUAUCUAAAAAGAUGAACAAACUGCUUACAGCUACUUUGUCCCAUUUGUCCCCCAAUUUCAUAACACCAUGUCAUUGAAUACAACAAUACUGAAUUACAGUGUUGUAAUUGAGAAUAAUAGGAGGUAAC